CUCUCCCUUCUGUGACAUCCUCCUGUACUUGAGGGUUUUGUGAGGCAUGUGUGUGUGGGGACAGGACUGCAGAGCAGGAUGUGUUCGCACGCCCACUGCUCACACAGGGGCUACUCUCAGCCCCCCACAGCCCAUGGCAGUGCCCAGAAGUUCCCUCUCCACAGCUGUGCCCUGAGGUCCGGGCACUGCCCACAGAGUCCCAAGCCCAUUCAGAAAGACACUCCUUUAUUUUGCUUUUCUCAAUUCUGAAGAACAUCUCUGUGCCGGUUGUACUAAGACAAAAUGGCCACCAAGUGCACAGGGUCCGCAGCUUCCGCUUUCCUCCCUCUGCUCUGGACACCCCCGGGAGAACUGUCCUUACAGACUGCUGUGUGUCCUUCCACAUGCGCACAAGUGUGACUGAGCACCUGUCAGCCUGAGGGCCACCUGGGCACUACCAUUGUUUGCCAAGGCACAAGUAAUAAGCUCACUCAGUUGGGCACUUUUGAAGACCACUUUCUGAGCCUCCGGAGGAUGUUCAAUAACUGUGAAGUGGUCCUGGGGAAUUUGGAAAUUACCUAUGUGCAAAAGAAUUAUGACCUUUCCUUCUUAAAGACCAUCCAGGAGGUUGCUGGUUACGUGCUCAUUGCCCUCAACACAGUGGAGAGAAUUCCUUUGGAAAACCUGCAGAUCAUCAGAGGAAAUGUGUACUAUGAGAACUCAUACGCCCUGGCAGUCUUAUCCAACUACGGCACAAACAAAUCUGGACUGAGAGAGCUGCCUAUGAGGAGCUUGCAGGAGGUCCUGCAGGGCGCCGUGCGCUUCAGCAACAACCCGGUCCUCUGCAACGUGGACUCCAUCCAGUGGCGGGACAUCGUCAGCAAGGACUUCCUGAGCAACAUGUCCAUGGACUUCCAGAGCCACCUGGGCAGCUGCCAGACAUGUGAUCCGAGCUGUCCCAAUGGGAGCUGCUGGGGUGCGGGGAAGGAGAACUGCCAGAAAUUGACCAAACUCAUCUGUGCCCAGCAGUGUUCUGGGCGCUGCCGUGGCAGGUCCCCCAGCGACUGCUGCCACAACCAGUGUGCCGCGGGCUGCACAGGGCCCCGGGAGAGCGACUGCUUGGUCUGCCGCAAGUUCCGAGAUGAAGCCACCUGCAAGGACACAUGCCCACCACUCAUGCUGUACAACCCUACCACCUACCAGAUGGACGUGAACUCUGAAGGCAAAUACAGCUUUGGAGCCACAUGUGUGAAGAAGUGCCCCCGUAACUACGUGGUGACAGAUCAUGGCUCCUGUGUCCGUGCCUGCGGCUCUGACAGCUAUGAGGUGGAGGAGGACGGCAUCCGCAAAUGCAAAAAGUGUGAGGGACCUUGUCGCAAAGUUUGCAACGGAAUAGGAAUUGGUGAAUUUAAAGACACACUUUCCAUAAAUGCUACAAAUAUAAAACACUUCAGAAACUGCACCUCCAUCAGCGGGGACCUCCACAUCCUGCCAGUGGCGUUCAGGGGGGACUCCUUUACCCGGACCCCUCCACUGGAUCCAAAGGAACUGGACAUUCUGAAAACUGUGAAGGAGAUCACAGGGUUUUUGCUGAUUCAGGCUUGGCCUGAAAACAGGACAGACCUCCAUGCCUUCGAGAACCUGGAAAUCAUCCGUGGCCGGACCAAGCAACAUGGUCAAUUUUCUCUUGCGGUUGUUGGCCUGAACAUAACGUCCUUGGGAUUACGCUCCCUCAAGGAGAUAAGUGAUGGAGAUGUGAUAAUUUCAGGAAACAAGAACUUGUGCUACGCAAAUACAAUAAACUGGAAAAAACUCUUUGGGACCUCCAAUCAGAAAACCAAAAUCAUCAACAACCGGGCUGACAGCACCUGCAAGGCCGUGAACCACAUCUGCAGUUCCCUGUGCUCAUCAGAGGGCUGCUGGGGCCCGGAGCCGAGAGACUGCGUGGCCUGCCGGAACGUCAGCCGCGGCCGGGAGUGUGUGGGCAGGUGCCACGUGCUAGAGGGCGAGCCAAGGGAGUUUGUGGAGAAUUCCGAGUGUAUUCAGUGCCAUCCGGAGUGCCUGCCCCAGCCCAUGAACAUCACCUGCACAGGACGGGGACCAGACCACUGCAUCCAGUGUGCUCACUACAUCGACGGCCCUCACUGCGUCAGGACCUGCCCGGCAGGAGUCCUAGGGGAGAACAGCACCCUGGUCUGGAAGUACGCCGAUGCCAGCCACGUGUGCCACCUGUGCCAUCCAAACUGCACCUAUGGAUGUACCGGGCCAGGUCUUGAAGGCUGUCCUGUUGGGACCAAGAUCCCAUCCCUCGCCACUGGGAUUGUGGGUGGCCUCCUCCUGGUGGUGGUGGUGGCCCUGGGCAUCGGCCUGUUCUGGCGAAGGCGCCACAUAGUCCGGAAACGCACGCUGCGCCGGCUGCUGCAAGAAAGAGAGCUCGUGGAGCCCCUCACACCCAGCGGGGAAGCCCCCAACCAGGCUCUCCUGCGGAUCUUAAAGGAAACUGAGUUCAAGAAGAUUAAGGUUCUGGGCUCUGGUGCGUUCGGCACCGUGUAUAAGGGACUCUGGAUCCCAGAAGGAGAAAAAGUUAAAAUCCCCGUGGCUAUCAAGGAAUUGCGAGAAGCAACAUCCCCAAAAGCCAACAAGGAAAUUCUUGAUGAGGCCUACGUGAUGGCCAGCGUGGACAACCCCCAUGUGUGCCGCCUGCUGGGCAUCUGCCUGACCUCCACCGUGCAGCUCAUCACGCAGCUCAUGCCGUUUGGCUGCCUCCUCGACUACGUCCGGGAGCACAAAGACAACAUCGGCUCCCAGCACCUGCUCAACUGGUGUGUGCAGAUUGCAAAGGGCAUGAACUACCUGGAGGACCGGCGCCUGGUGCACCGAGACCUGGCUGCCAGGAACGUGCUGGUGAAGACACCGCAGCACGUCAAGAUCACGGAUUUUGGACUGGCCAAACUGCUCGGUGCCGAAGAGAAAGAGUACCAUGCAGAGGGUGGCAAAGUGCCCAUCAAGUGGAUGGCGCUGGAAUCAAUUUUACACCGAAUUUAUACCCAUCAAAGCGAUGUCUGGAGCUAUGGAGUCACCGUUUGGGAACUGAUGACCUUUGGCUCCAAACCCUAUGACGGAAUCCCUGCCAGUGAGAUCUCCUCCAUCCUGGAGAAGGGAGAGCGCCUGCCCCAGCCACCCAUCUGCACCAUCGAUGUCUACAUGAUCAUGGUCAAGUGCUGGAUGAUAGAUGCAGAUAGUCGCCCAAAGUUCCGUGAGUUGAUCAUUGAAUUCUCCAAAAUGGCCCGAGACCCCCAGCGCUAUCUAGUCAUCCAGGGAGACGAACGCAUGCAUCUGCCAAGCCCCACGGACUCCAAUUUCUACCGUGCCCUGAUGGAUGAGGAGGACAUGGAGGAUGUCGUGGACGCCGACGAGUACCUCAUCCCGCAGCAGGGUUUCUUCCACAGCCCAUCCACAUCCCGGACACCGCUUCUGAGCUCACUGAGUGCAGCCAGCAACAAUUCCACUGUGGCCUGUGUGGAUCGGAAUGGGAGCUGUCCCAUCAAGGAGGAGAGCUUCCUGCAACGGUACAGUUCCGACCCCACCGGUGCCUUGAUGGAGGACAGCAUGGACGAUGCCUUCCUCCCAGUGCCUGAGUACAUGAACCAGCCUGUCCCCAAGAGGCCUGCGGGCUCUGUGCAGAGCCCUGUGUAUCACAGUCAGCCUCUGAGUCCAGCCCCUGGGAGGGACCCCCACUACCAGAACCCCCACAGCACUGCCGUGGGCAACCCUGAGUAUCUCAACACGGCCCAGCCUUCUUGUGUCAGCAGCACCCUCCACAGCUCUGCCCAUUGGGCCCGGAAGGGCAGCCACCAGAUCAGCCUGGAUAACCCUGAGUACCACCAGGACUGCUUCCCUCAGCCGAACGGCCUGGUCAGGGCUCCUGCAGCUGAGAAUGUGGAGUACCUGAGGGCAGCACCCCCAAGCAGUGAGUUCAUUGGAGCAUGACCACGGAGGACCGUGGCAUCUGUGAAAUCUCAGACUCUGCAGAUGCCUAGGACCAAGCCAUGGCAGCUACUCCAGUCCCUACACCCAUGCCCAUGUCCACUCUCAGACCCACGGGCUGGCAAUGCCAUGUUUGUUCUGACCAGCCCCUCUUUCAGCCAAGAAGUGCCCCUGACUUGGGUGCUCUUUGGGAAGUUACAGUCACAUUCCUUUGUCUUCAAACUGUGAAGCUUCCACACAAGGCAUCUGGCAAGAAUGUUGUCAUUAGGAAAAAAUAAAUAUAUGUAAGGAUUGUUAUUGGUUGGGGAUCUUCUGGAUUUUUAAUUGCCAACAUUGAUUUUGAUUUUAAUGGGGUCUUCCAACGAGAAAGAAGUUUGCUUAUAGUUGUUGCCACGCUGAGGGUGCCCAGGCCCAGCUGUGCCCACGGAGUGCGGCUGUCAGUCUUCCAACUGACACUUGAUCCUGUUGGCUCUGCUUCAAGACUAUUCCACUGCAAGACAACUGAAUACACAGGAAACCCUGCAUGUCCUGGGCAGGCUUGGUCUACCACGUCAUGGCAGGUGCAGUAGGACAUGCCACUUUGCCCCUUUAUAGGCAAUUAAGAAAUGGGGGGAGCAGAUUUCUUCCCCUGACUUAUUUUUGUAUGAAUGUCUCCAAGGUACUUAGUCUUCACUGAUUGACCAGUGUUGUCUAAUGAUGAGCCUUAGACUCACUUGUUUAUUUUCUGUUCUGUUGUUUUGAUACUCAGUGUGCUUUCCCUGACUUACUGUCAUGAAGUCAGCAAGAGAAGACGGUACCUUAAGUAGCAAUACAAUUCCAGCCCACAUUUGAUUUACCAAUGUUUAGACCAAUAGCUUUUGAUUAAAAUGGACCAGCAAUGCAAAAGUUAAUGUGCAAACAUACCCCUGAAUUUGAGGCUCAGAUAAAAUGCAUCAAGUUUUAAGGGGUAAAUGUCAGGAGACUGCAAAAAAUGAGGCUGCUCCUAAAUUUCCUUUAGUUCUCACCACCCAACCACCAAAUAUUAGUUUAAGUUACUCAUAGGAGAUAAUUUUCUCUUUCCAUUUCACUUUCAAAGUUAUUUACUUGAAGGGUAUGUGUUCCUCCUUGGUCAGCUACCCGUAGAGUCCCUCCUUGCCCUUUGUUAAAAAAACAUGUCUAGACACUGAAGCAACUAUUCCAGAAUUUACAGCCUGGCCAGAGUAGGCACAUUUGAGAAAUAAAAAAGCAUUAUGAAUAGUGUGGAAUUCAAGUGAUAAAUGAGAAAGUAGGGUUUGAAAGUGGGGACAAUGCUUUCGCAUCUUUGGUUGCUUUAGAAGAAAAAAAAUAUAAUAAUUCCUAAAAUAAUUCCCCAUAGUUAAAGGAUCCCAGCUGCUUUCCUGAUCUUUGUGUUUCUGUAGCCCGACUGGUCAGCAGCCUGAUUGGUCAACAGCUCUGGCAAACCGUGCUUUAAAUACUCCUAGUCAAUAUCUGCCCCAUCCAGAUUAGACACUAUCUUCAGUCUACAAGUAUACUCAGCCACACAUACAUACACAUUCCUUUUGCUUUUAAAUUAGCAACUUCAAAGCAAAUUGAUCAGGGCUCCAUGGUUUUGUUAGGAAAAUACUUGACUUUUGUCUAAAUGGAAAUAAAACUAUAUUUCUUUUCCAUUCCAUUCCAUUCUGCUCUCAAAUACUCUUAAGCAACUUAUACUAGCCUAGCAUGAGUGCCAAAGAUACAAAAAUAAAUAAAAGAUCUCCCUGAUACUGAGAAACUCACAGUUUAGCUUAGGAAAUGGACUCAUAACCUUGAAGCAGAAUUGAGGAAGGGCAGACAGGACCUAUCGGCCAGCACAGGGAGGGCACAUGCAGGGAGGGCAGGUUCUGCCUGAGGAAUCCUGGACGCUUCCCCCGGAGACUCAGCCUUAAGGGAAGUGGAAAGGCCAGCCCAGCAGAACCUCAACAGAAAACACGCUCACAACGGAUCCCCUCACAAAGUCACCCCACUGUCCAGCCUUCUAACAGGAGCCACCCACACCCACUUUGUCCAGAGGCUUGCAUCGCCAGGAGAGAUUUCGAGCUUCCCCUCUGAAAUGAGGAGUGAGAAGAGUGAGCAACAUCUAGUCCUAAGAAUCUGAGCUCCUGCACCAUGGUCAGUAAACCACUUUCAUUAUGUAUUCACCUCAGGACAUAAAGAAAUACUUCAAUCAGAACUGGGAAACAGGAUGACUCCUGUUCGGCCAUCACUUUUUUGUCUGUGAUCUCUUUUUUUAAUGAGGGAGGGCAGUUGGAGGUCAGAUUGUAGGAACUAAAUCCUAGGACUUCUGCAGUUUGCAACACUGACACUACCACACCAGAAACUAUUCAAGCUUGCUUUUCUUCUCCACAUUUCAGUUUUCUACAUAUUUAGCUGCCAAAUUCUAUUAAUUUUAAGACUUUUUCCCAAAUGUUCUCAUUCCUUCUGCCCAGGGAGGCACAGAGGGCACACAUGGCCAGAUCAAAGGGAGAAGCCCAGAGCCCUUAGUUCCACUCCACAGCCCUCCUGGGCACAUCUCAGACCUUUUCUUAGUCCCCAUGCUCUUCCUCACUGAUAACCAGUCCCUGAGGCCUGCAGGAGCCUGUCUAGUGCUCCUUCCUCAGUUCCUACAGGACCUUCCCCAGGCCCGACCUCAGCUCUGGCCUUGGGAAGCAGAGUCCAAGGAGCAGAAUGGAGUUGGGAGCUGGCUGACUCCCACAUGGUCCUCUCAUGUAAUCUCUAAGCAGGCCCUCUAGUUGUGCCCUGUGAGAAACACUUGUUAUCCUCUAAAGUUAAGAGAAGAGACACAUCUUUUAAACUCUAAAAUUCCUGUGAGCCAGGUCACCACUGACAGCGUGCUCAGAAGCACCUUGGUGGCAUCGCAGUGCCCCGGUUGAUGACAAAGCUAGGAUUCCACUGCAGACAUACCAAACUGGGGUGCACAGAGAAACUGGCUUCCCAGCCUGGGUGCCCAGGGAGUCUCCCAGGUUGAUCAACAGCUUAUGAUUUAAUUGCUCUCAGGUGCAGCCUGGGCCUGGGACCUUCCCAGCUCCCAGGUUGUUGUGAGCACGUUUUGGGACCCAGACUGUGAAGGAAAGGCCCAAGGCCCCUCCACCCACAUCAGCCUCUGCCCAGGCAGGGUGAAGCUGGGAUGAUGGGGACCCACGUGCUCACGCUCACCAUGUGUGAGAGCCAGCAGGGGAGCUUCAAAAGAAGGGGUCAGGGGUCUGCAGGCCAAUUCAACCCAAACUGUGCAGUCAGGGUUGAAACUCCCGCUCUGAGGUCCCCUUCAGCUGUGCAGGCCCAGGGGUCUAUACUAUGGCCCGUGUCAAUGGAGAAUCAGAGUCUGGGAAGGGGAGAGGCUCCCAUGUGCAAGGUACAGAACCAUUUGCAGUCACUGAUAUGCCUGUUUUGGCACUACUAGUGGCCAUUCCAAACACCUCCAAUUCAUCGUCACCAGCAGCUUAUCCUGAAAGUGGCACAUACCCAGGUCUGAGCCUUGAUAAAGCCUUGGGACCCUUCACAUGUCUAAUCCCCUUGUGAGUGAGCAGCAGCACACGUGGCAGCUGUUGGAAUUGCCCUUAGUGGCCACCCUGCAUGACCUUCUGUGAUGAUUUGAUGUUUUUAUUGCAACAUAAUGAUCUGUUUGUAUUUACUUGCUGGAGGGCUGAACAGAAACUCCAGUUUCUUUUCCCAGCUUCCCUGUUGUGCCAGGCGACACAUCUUUGUACUAUUAAAGACAUAGACAGGGUUUUAAAUGUAAAUCUAUUUUUGUAACUUUUUUGCAGGAUAUUGUCUUCUUUAUGUAGCACUGAACUUUGUAAAGUAUAUUUUUAGGAAACUCAUUUUUCUACUAAAGGAAACACAGUUAACUUUAGAAAGACUGCAAUAGAAUAAAAAUUUGAACUGAAAUCUUUGUUAAAAGGAUUAAAUUGAAGGAAAAGAGAAGUCUUUUCUCUCUCUUAUGGAAAGGUACAGCCUCAGUGCAGAGAAAAGCUAGGCUUUUGCCAUGGUAAAGAGAAGAAUCGUCGUUUUUUUGUGUUUAUGGAAUUAGGAAAGAUGGGAAGCAUGUUUAGCUUGCUCCGGAGCAGGUUCUGUUGGGUCUGUUUGGAGCAAUGUUAAUGGAAAGAGAGUACUGUCUGUUAUCAUGAGAAGUAUCCACUACAUGCCAUAUCCUGACCAUCUGACAAUAUCCCAGUCAAUGUAAGAAAGGCAACAAUACAGCACUUUGUUGAUUUAUAUAUGUAUAAUGUGAUUUCAAUGCAAAUUAUUUUAUUUUUAUAUUUACAAUUGUUAAUGCAUUUAUCAACGUAGAUUAACAAUAAUAAUAAUGUUCAGUUUACUUUGGUUACUCAACACACAAGCUGACGUGACAUCAUUAGAGCUUUCAAAAAGCUUAAAGCCCAAAUGUACUACAGACCAAUUAAAUACAACUCUCUAGGGGUAAAACCUAGGCAAUUGCACUUUUUAUAGCUCCUAAGGUCACUGCCAUAUGUAGCCAAAGCUGAGAACCAUCAGCCUAGGGUCACAGAGACUUGGACAUACAGGCAAAUUCUGCAGGUGCAGGUGACUCCCAGGCCCAGAGAACUCUAAGCCACAGAGGCCUGAGCCAUUGGUCACUGUGGGUCAGGAGCCUGGACAGAGUUUCCAUGAAGGUUGUCCAGGCACUAGAAGAAAGAGUGUCCAGCCAAUUGAUAAAAGGGAAGGAAAUAUAUCUUUUUUUUUUUGGCGUUUUUCUUCUGGCAACGAUUUCUUGUCAUCAGGAAAUAUAUCUUAAAACAGACAACUCUCUUCUGUUUUUCAAGCUUGCUUCCCACACUAAAGUUGGCUGGUAGUUAAGGAAAGACAGUGAGUAUUUUUGCUGCAUUUGCAGCCAUUGCUGUCCUCCCUGAAGAAGUGAGAUGAGCUGGACUUUCCAGGGUGAAAGGAAACAGUGGCCUAUCAGGUACAUUACAAAGAGCAGACUUCAGGAGGGCUGGAUAUGUGGUUGCAUGGCUUUCAUAAAAACAAGAAUCCAAAAAAAGGAUCCUUGCUUUAGAAAACAUUGUUUAUAUACUCUUCACCAAUUACAGAGUAGAACCUCCAUAGCUGACCCCCUCCGAAGUUGACCUGAUUUCACAGACUGGACAUGCACAUGUACGUGUCAGUACAGCAGGCCUCGUUCCUUCUGGUGACCACCUCCUGUGCUGACCAGUUUGCUACAGUCCCUAGGAUGGUCAACUCACAGAGGUUCUACUGUGUCUGGGACAAAAAUGAAAGCAAAUAGUUGUGAUUUUUCUUCCAUGGAUAGCUAAACACCUACAGUGGGUCCACUGAGGUUGUAAAUCUGUUGCGUAGCAGAUGACACUCCAGAGGAAAAUUGAAAUAUACACCUAUGUUUCCAGAUGCACCUACUUGUUUUUAAAAAAGAAGUCCUGAUGACCUGAUUUGGCUACAAGAAUAAUCUUGCUGUAUAAUAUAAUCUCUUGGAAAUUAAGAGACCCUGUGCAUUUGAUGGGUGGUGUUACAGGCAACAGUGUGACUAACAACAGACAGCAAUGACUCUGUCUUAGAAACAUUCAAGCAAUAGCUUGACAGCUUCCACAUGUGCUCCGUUUUAACUGUGUAAAGUUUUGCUAUGAUGAAAAUAAUGUUUGUACAAAUGAAAAGCAGGGGUCUUUUUUAUAUGGUUUAUACUGUUGAGCCGAUCGUGUUGAUUGUAUAUUAUUAAAAAUUAGACGUAUAUUA